AUGCUCCUCAUCCCACUGCCAGCCUGGCUGGCUCUGGGCAUCCUGCAGCUGCCCCUUGGCAAUUUCCAGGAAUGCCUGAACCGGCAGCAGGCACUCAGCGUGGUGCAGCAAAUGCAGAAGCUGCUGGUGGCACAGGAGGCCGCCCACCUGCAGGGCACACGCGGGCUCCGGCACCAGCUUUCCAUCCUCCAGAGCCGCCUCCAGAGACCAGCCACCAAGCACAAUGAGAUGUGUCCGCAGCUGGCAGUGCCCCUGAACGGACGGAUGCUGGGCCGGAGCCUGCGGGUGGGCCACGAGGUUCACUUUGUCUGCGACGCCGGCUUCCAGCUGGUGGGCUCGGAGACGCGCGCGUGCCGGCAAAACCGCACGUGGAGCGGCACCCAACCCUUCUGCAGAAGUAUUGAUGACUGCUCCAGCAACCCGUGUGCCAACAGCGGGACCUGCGUGGAUGGCAACCAGAGCUACACAUGCCUCUGCCCCCCAGGCUGGUCAGGCCCCAGCUGCCAGAGCCCCAUCUACUCCUACUGGGUGACUCUGAGCAACACCUCCUUCAGCCGCCAGCCCCGCUGUGCCGAGGGCCGCUCGGGCUCCCGGCGCUGCAGCUGUGACACCGGCUUCCAGCUGCAACCUGGUGGCGUGUGCCAAGAUGUGGAUGAAUGCCAGCUCUACCAGUCCAGCCCCCAGACGCAGAUUUGCCUCCAUGACUGUCUCAACCUCCCUGGCUCCUAUCGCUGCCUCUGCCCCCCUGGGUAUCUGCUCCAUGCUGACCGCAAUGCCUGUGAGGAUGUGAAUGAAUGUACUGGGAAGCAGCACAACUGCAGCCAGGGUGACCUCUGCAUCAACACCUUUGGGGGACACCGCUGCGUGCGCCCCAAGUGCCCCCCGCCACGCCACAACACCAGCUAUGUCAAGACCUCUGCCUUCCAGUGCGAGAGGAACCCCUGCCCCAUGGACAGCAGAGCCUGCCAGCUGGCUGCCAGCUCCAUCUCCUUCCACUACCUGCCGCUCCAGGCCAACCGCACUGUGCCCCGUGUCCUCUUCAAGAUGUCCACCACCCGCGUCGUGGGUGACAGCCUGCGCUUCGCCAUCACGGGCGGACGGGGCCAGGGCGUCUUCGCCGUGCGGCGCUCGGACCGGCAGACGGGAGAGCUGCUGCUCACCAGCCCUGUGGCAGGGCCAGCCACGCUGGAAGUGGAGCUGGAGAUGAGCGAGUUCUCCCACAAAGUCCUCCUGGGCAAGCACAUCUUCAAGGUCACAGCUUUUGUGUCCCCAUAUGUGUUUUGAUUCCCUUUAGAGGCAGGUGUGGGGCCAUGCCAGGGCCUCUCAAUGGAGCAGGUUCAGCUCAGUGGUCCCAGUUUUUGUCCCAUUGGAGCUAUCCCUCUCCCAUAAUACUUUCUCAUAGCCAUCACAGCAAAAACUGUCCCUCUAGGAAAAACCCCAUGGCCAAUGGAAAGAUCAGCCUGGGGGUGCCUACCUCUGCCAACCCCCUUCCUCUCUGCUCACAUGGCACACGGAGGGGAAAGACAG